CUGGGGUGGCCCCGCGCCUCGCCCGCUGCUGCUGCCGCCGGCAUGGCCCCGGCUCGUUCCGCACCGCUGCUGCAGCCUCCCGGCUCACCAGAAGGUGACACUGCCAGCGCUGUCCCCCACCAUGCAGAUGGGCACCAUCGCGCGCUGGGAGAAGAAGGAGGGUGACAAGAUCAAUGAAGGGGAUCUCAUAGCAGAGGUGGAGACAGACAAAGCUACAGUUGGCUUUGAGAGCCUGGAGGAAUGUUACCUGGCCAAGAUCCUGGUGCCAGAAGGAACAAGGGAUGUUCCUAUUGGGGCCAUAAUAUGUAUCACAGUAGAAAAGCCUGAACAUAUUGAUGCCUUCAAAAAUUACACCCUGGAUUCUGCAGCAGCUGCUGCCCCUGCAGCCUCAGUGCCUCCCCCUCCAGCUGCAGCCCCCUCCCCACCACCUCAGCCUUCUCCUCAGGCCCCUGGCAGCUCUUACCCUCCUCACAUGCAGAUCACUCUCCCUGCUCUGUCACCCACCAUGACAAUGGGCACAGUGCAGAGGUGGGAGAAGAAGGUUGGAGAGAAGCUCAAUGAGGGAGACUUGCUGGCUGAAAUUGAGACAGAUAAAGCCACAAUAGGAUUUGAAGUGCAGGAGGAAGGCUACCUGGCCAAGAUCUUGGUGCCUGAAGGAACAAGAGAUGUGCCCUUAGGAGCUCCUCUGUGCAUCAUUGUGGAGAAGGAGGCUGAUAUCCCAGCCUUUGCUGACUACCAGGCUGCUGCAGUCACUGACAUGAAGGCUGCAGCUCCUCCUCCUCCUCCUCCACCGGUGAUGGCAACUCCUGCAGCUGCUCCUCCUCCUCCCCAGCCUGCUGCUGCUCCUGCUCCAGCAGCCCCCACAGCUGGGCCACCCCACAAAGGAGGAAGGGUCUUGGUCAGUCCCCUGGCAAAGAAAUUGGCAGCAGAGAAAGGAAUCGACCUUACCCAAGUGAAAGGUACUGGACCAGAUGGCAGAAUCACCAAAAAAGAUGUGGAGUCAUUUGUGCCAUCAAAGGCUCCUCCAGCUGCAGCUCCAGGGGCAGUUCCUGCAGCUGCUGCAGCACCCGAGGGGACCUUCACAGACAUCCCCAUCAGCAACAUUCGCAGGGUCAUUGCUCAGAGGCUGAUGCAGUCCAAACAAACAAUACCUCACUACUACCUGUCCAUCGAUGUGAACAUGGGAAAAGUCCUGGUGCUAAGGAAAGAGCUCAACCAGGAGGUCCCAGCUAAUGUUAAACUUUCUGUCAACGAUUUCAUAAUUAAAGCUUCUGCUUUGGCCUGCUUGAAGGUGCCUGAGGCAAAUUCUUCGUGGUUGGACACAGUUAUCAGGCAGAAUCACGUGGUGGAUGUGAGUGUGGCUGUCAGCACCCCUGCAGGGCUCAUCACCCCCAUCGUGUUCAACGCUCACAUCAAGGGGCUGGCUGCCAUCAGCCAGGACGUGGCUUCCCUGGCAGCCAAGGCCCGGGAAGGGAAGCUCCAGCCUCACGAAUUCCAGGGUGGUACUUUCACAAUUUCCAAUUUAGGAAUGUAUGGGAUUAAGAAUUUCUCUGCCAUAAUCAAUCCACCUCAAGCCUGCAUCCUGGCUGUGGGUUCCUCAAAAGAAAUACUAGUGCCAGCUGACAAUGAGAAAGGCUUUGAUGUGGCCAGCAUGAUGUCUGUCACCCUGAGCUGUGACCACCGUGUUGUGGAUGGAGCAGUUGGAGCACAGUGGCUUGCUGAGUUCAAGAAUUUCCUUGAAAAGCCAGUAACCAUGCUGCUAUAAUUUAACCAUGCAAAACAGAAUUUUCCUGGGUCACACUGUUGUGUUUUAAACAAGCUGUUUAGACUUUAGUGUUCAGACUUUGAGAGAGUUUCUUUUUUUUUAAUUUAAAAUAUGUAUUAUAUUAUCUGGUAAUGUUAUUUACCAGUCUGUACAGAAAAAAAAAAAAAGUUUGCAAAAGUGCUUUUCAGAGCAAUAUUACAGCUACACUGUAUUUUUAUACAGUUAGUUAACUUGCAAACUCUUCCAAAACAGAGUUAAGCAUCCCAGAUUUAAAAAUCCCCAAAAAUGAUCCUGGCAUUGUGCCCAGGGGGUGCAUCUCAACAGCUUCAUGCCCUCAGUGUUGUCAGAGAUUGGAAUUUCAAACAUCUCUUCACAGGAGUGCAGAUGAGAUGGCCACAGAAGGGGGCAGGAGGAGGGCAAUGCCCCGUUCUCCUGUGCUGGGGUGGGGAGAUGGCACAGCACUGAGGGGUGGAGGGGCAGGGGAUGUGUCUCAAGCCAAAUGCUGCUGUUCCAAACCCUUCAGGAAUCUGGCACUGGCUGGGACCUUCUCAGCUCCCUGAUCCCUGCUGAGCACUUUAGAGCUGUCUGGGGGGUCACAGGGCUUGUGCUGUCUCCUCUUGGACUCUCACUGACAUCUGCUUUUUGGAUGAACUCUGUAGCUGCUGCUCCUCUGGCUGAGUUAACCCCAGGCUCUGAUGCCGUGGCAGUAACUGCUCUGCAGAAUGUUCAGUGUCUGGGCAGGCAGUGGAGACAAAUCACACAUGCUGAUAAUCCCACCAGGGGAUGUGAAUCAUGUGAGGACUGGGAUGUUUGGGAUUUUUCAUUUCAGGCAUUCUACCAUAGGAAGCUCUGAUUUAAGCCACUGGAAUUGCAGACCUUCCCUGGAUUGUCUUUGCUGUCCAGCCUCAGUAAAGCUGCAGAAUGUGCUCUCCAUGUACAUAUUGUAUGUAAGGUGCUUCUCUAGUCUGUUGGACUCGUGUCCAGUUACUCCAGGCAUUGUAUCCUGCAAGGGCUGCAGUGCUGAACAUUCUGAAAUUCCACUUUCCACAUGGAAAUGUUCAUGUAAAAAAAGGACAACUGUGCAGUAAUGAGAGUGACCAGGAGAAUUAAAUAAGGGGGGCAGAGUUGGAAAAAAAAGGAAGAAUUUAUUCAGGGUGAUCCUGUUAUUCUGUAUAUUGCAUUAAGUACUGUCUCCUGUAAAAUUCUACAUAAUUCACUAAAGAUAUUGAAAGAAAAUACUGUGGAAAUUAAAUAUUUUUGUGGGAACUAUUUAGUGUCUGGUUGCUGUGAUGCCUUGCUUAAGAAAAAAAAAACAAAAGUGCAUUAAGGUUUUGGAUUUUCUUGAAUGACCUGAAAUACCCUGAUUCCAGACUGGCUCUAGUGAACUCAUGUUCCAUUAAAUGUUUGGAAUUGACAACUACUAAA